AUGGGAGACAGUCGAGAUUCACGGAGCCCUGACAGUUCGUCGGUGUCCUCCCCGCCCUCUGGCCAGCGCUCGCCACCUCUCGUACCAGCGGCAGCGGCCUCCAUGACCUCCCUCCCUCCCAUUUCCAGCGCCGGGGUAAACAGCCCAAUCAGUAGCAUUGGUUCCCCGUUUUCGGUCAUCAGCUCCUCGCUCGGCUCCCCUUGCCUGCCUGGUACGCCGUCGGUUGGGUAUGGUCCCAUUAGUAGUCCACAGAUAAACUCCACCGUGUCCAUGUCAGGACUUCACGCGGUUAGCAGCUCCGAUGACGUCAAACCUCCCAUCGGCCUGAAGCUGUCGGCGCACAGCCCAGGCCCGAUGCUUUCCCAGAAACGCCUUUGUUCCAUCUGUGGCGAUCGAUCCUCUGGAAAGCAUUACGGAGUGUAUAGCUGCGAGGGCUGCAAAGGCUUCUUCAAGCGGACGGUGCGCAAAGACCUGACUUACACCUGUCGGGACAACAAGGACUGCAUGGUAGACAAGAGGCAGAGGAACCGCUGCCAGUACUGCCGCUACCAGAAGUGCCUGGCCAUGGGCAUGAAAAGAGAAGUGGCUAAGAUGAACGACAGAUCGGUUCAAGAGGAGCGUCAGAGGAACAAGGAGCGUGAGGGCGAAGUGGAAUCCACCAGCGCGGUCAACGAGGAGAUGCCAGUGGAGAAGAUUUUGGAGGCGGAGAUGGCCGUGGAGCAAAAGACAGAGCUUCAUGCCGACGGAACCUCCGGGGGAAGCUCUCCCAACGACCCCGUGACAAACAUCUGUCAAGCCGCUGACAAGCAGCUCUUCACCCUGGUAGAGUGGGCGAAGAGGAUCCCCCACUUCUCGGAGCUGCCCCUUGACGACCAGGUCAUCUUGCUACGUGCAGGUUGGAACGAACUGCUUAUUGCAUCAUUCUCCCACCGAUCCAUCACAGUGAAGGACGGGAUCUUACUGGCCACUGGCCUUCACGUGCAUCGGAACAGCGCUCACAGCGCCGGCGUCGGAGCCAUCUUUGACAGGGCGCACAAUGCUGAGGUUGGGGCCAUAUUUGACAGGGUUUUGACAGAGCUGGUGAGCAAGAUGCGAGACAUGCAGAUGGACAAAACUGAACUGGGCUGCCUGCGUGCCAUCAUCCUCUUCAAUCCAGAUGCCAAGGGCUUGUCCAACCCGAGCGAGGUGGAGAUGCUGAGAGAAAGGGUGUACGCGUCUCUGGAGACAUACUGCAAGCAGAAAUACCCGGACCAGCAGGGCAGGUUCGCUAAGCUCCUCCUUCGACUGCCGGCGCUGCGCUCCAUCGGCCUGAAGUGUCUGGAGCACCUGUUUUUCUUCAAGCUGAUCGGCGACACACCCAUCGACACUUUCCUAAUGGAGAUGCUGGAGGCCCCUCACCAGCUCACCUAG